UUGCCGAACGAUCCCCGAGCGCUGCCGAAUGACGGCCGAGAGUUGCCGAGGGAGCGCCGAGCGCUGCCGAGCGUGCCCCGAGCGUUGCCGAGCGACGCCCGAGAGUUGCCGAGCGACUCCCGAAAGUUGCCGAGCGAGGCCUGCAGCCCCGCCGAGCAGGUCGGGAGAGCCGUGAAGCGGCUGAGAGGAAGCCGGGCCCCGUGGCGCGGGGCGGCGAGUGAGGCGUGUGCGGGGCGGUUGUGCAGCCGGGCUGUCCAAGCCAUGAUCGAAGUGUUGGCCAAGCUGGGCCGUGGGCCUGUCUUUCUGGCAGGGGAGGUGCUGGAGUGCGUGAUCACUUUCACCAACCCAUUGUCGGCCUCCUCUACCUCCGCCAGCAGUGAGAUGCUGGCGUGGGCCAGCGCCCAGAUCCACUGCCAGUUCCACACCAGCGAGAACCGGGUAGCACUCCCUCCUUCUGACGGCAUCAAGCACGAUGUGCAAGCAGAGAAUGAGACAGUCUUCGUCCCCAAUAGAGGAGAGCGGGGUCAGUGUAUCCUGUCCACACCACCAAAAAUUCUCUUCUGUGACUUGCGACUGGAUCCUGGAGAGUCAAAGUCAUAUUCAUAUUGUGAAACGCUGCCCAUAGAUGGCCCUCCCUCUUUCCGGGGACAGUCAGUGAAGUACGUGUACAAGCUGACCAUAGGCUGCCAGCGCGUCAACUCCCCCAUCAAGCUCCUGCGUGUUCCUUUCCGUGUCCUUGUGUUGCAUGGGCUCAAGGAUUACCAGUUCCCACAGGAUGAGGUUGUUGCACCUUCAAAUCCUUUCCUGGAGGAGGAGGAGGGCUUGAAGAAAGACUCUCGCCUGGCCGACCUGGCGACAGAACUGCUCAUGGUGGCCACCUCGCGACGCAGCCUGCACCUGUAUAACAUCAGCAACACUCGUGGGAAGGUGGGGACAUUCUGCAUCUUUAAGACGGUGUAUAAGAUCGGAGAGGAUGUCAUUGGGACCUUUAACUUCUCGGAAGGAGACAUCCCAUGUCUGCAAUUCUCAGUGAGCCUGCAGACAGAGGAGAGCAUCCAGGAGGAGUUCCAGCGCCGGCGGGGACAGCCUGUCUCCUUCAGCACGCACGCCCGCCAUCAGGAGGCCUGCCUGCACACCGCCCAGAGCAGCUUCAGCCUGCCCAUCCCGCUCAGCUCGACCCCGGGAUUCACCACCAACAUAGUGUCCCUGAAGUGGAGGCUGCACUUCGAGUUUGUGACCUCCGGGGAGUCCUCCGGGACGUGCUUGGUUCGUGGGAGCCAGUCAGAGGCUGUCACCUGGGCUGGGGUGGAGCAGAUCGGAGUGGAUACUUUCAGCUGGGACUUGCCCAUCAAAGUCCUUCCCACCAACCCCAUCCUGGCCUCCUACGUAUCUCAGUUCUCCAGCACUAACUCCAUCACCAUCUGACGUGGGGAGAGGUGGUAGGGUCCUGUGAUGCUGCAGGCAAGCGUCGCUGGCAGGAAUGGCAGCAGGACUGUUACUGGCGUGCUGCAUGCCUGCUCCCUGAUGUCCCCUUGGGUUCAUCUGCAGUGACCAGGUGGGCACCAGGUGAGUCUGUGCCACCUGCAGGUGGAGGAUCCAUGCCCUUGCUGUAGCGUCCUGUGCUGCAGCUCUUGGCUGGGAGCUGGCCCCUUCCUGCCUCGGUGAAGGCGUGAGUCCCAGCACUCACCAAAAGCAAAUCUGCCACAUGAGGAAUGGCCCAAUGUGCCUUCACCCCAUGAAGGGCUUCUAGGAAGGAAGGACCCAGCACAGGGAAAGGAGGGGGUACUUCUUCUAGUGAAGCCCCGUUAUUAGCCUUGAGUGAAGACUGUGCCCUCUGAGGCCCCACAAGCAGAGGUAAGGCAUGCUGGCCAUGUGGACCAGCUGGGAGCCAGCUCUCUUGCCCUGGCACACGUCCUGCCCCUUGUGAGAUGUGUCUCAUGUCCACAGCCCGGCACACCAGUUCCCCUCGCCUAGGGCAGGCAGGUCCUGACAGACCCACCCUGCGCCACCGGUAUGUGCUGGUGUCCUGGAUGUCACCACAUUGAUGUGGCAACACAAUUGUGAUGAUCCAAACUGAGAAGCACCGAGCACCUCGGCUGUUUCGUGGCUGCGCUCCUGGGUGUGAAGGCAUCCUGCCGGUCUUGGGAUCCCUGGGGGGCUGGCGUGAAUGCAUGCUGUGCGUUCAAGAGCUGGGGUGCAGGUCUCGUUGCUAAACAGCUAACUCUCCAUUUCUAUCAAACCUUUCAAAGAGUUUUCCUCUUUGCAUGGAAAUCUAAUAAACAUCUGAAUGUGAAAAA